CCGAACUGUACCUAUACAACAUCCUCUCACAGCCUCAAUCAGCCGACAAGACACAAGACCUGCGGGAAGGCGAGGUUGAUAGACGUCUUGUAUAUAUUGCCCCAGCGCGUUGCUCCCAGAACGCCGUCGCAUCCCACGCUCUCUCUUUCGUGCCACCUCUUUUCUUUCCCUCUACAUCCACCACGUCUGCGUGCGUCCACGUUCGUCCACGUCCACGUUCACGUCCAUUCUGUGUCUACCCCGCACACAUCCGCGGCCAUCAGCUGAUUGCGGACCUAUCGGAAAGCCUGGUGUCUAGCUUCUGCCCCCCCCCCCCCCCGACCAGAUUCGUGAAUCCUGCGCAAAGGGAGAGAAACCGUGCCAAUCCCGGGGACUCGCCGACUCACUCCUACACAUCUGAGCAAAUGUCAUAUCCCUACGGCCAGUCGGGCUAUCCUGGUCAGUACGGCUAUCCACCACAGCAGUAUCCUCCGCCAGGCCAAUACCCGCCUCCAAACGGACAAUACCCCCCGCCUCAGGGCUAUCCGCCGCCUCAAAACUCCUAUCCUCCACCUCAGGGCUCCUAUCCUCCGCCUCAAGGUUCCUAUCCGCCGCAACCGCCGGCGGGCUACAAUCCGUAUUACCCACAGCCACCGGCAAGCCCCUACUCCCCCCAAGGCGCAUAUCCCCCGCCUCCACCCUAUGGGACCCGCCCGCCCAACCAGGGUUAUGGCCCGCCUGCAGGCCCACCGCCGGGGCAAUACGGCGCGCCACCGAUAUCACCAGCUCAGCAAGGGUAUCACUAUCCCCCUCAAUCUGUAGUUAAUGCCGCUUCGCCUGUCGAACUCCCCGCUGCAGUUCCUCCCGGACCCCCCGCCGGCCCCUCGGGCGGACCGCCGACCGCGCCCAGCCUGGGAUACGGUCCUCCCCAGAUGUUGCAAUGGGAUGCCCGUCCCGACGCCGAGGCACUUCGGACGGCCAUGAAGGGGUUUGGAACCGACGAGAAGGUAUUGAUUCGUGUCUUGAGCACCAAGGACCCCCUGCAGGUCGAGGAACUUAAGGCGGUCUAUUUCCGAACCUUCGGCCGCUCGCUCGAGAAGGAUAUCAUGUCAGAGACGAGGGGGUGGUUCGAGGAAGGGCUAGUCGCCCUGGUCAGGGGGCCCUUGAUGCACGAUGUCCAUCUCCUCCAUUCUGCGAUGGACGGUCCUGGGACGAAGGAGAAGGUGCUCAACGACGUCUUACUAAGUCGGAGUAACGCAGACUUGCGGGCUAUAAAGAGCAUGUAUCAACAGACCUUCCGUCGAUCGCUCGAGAGCGAUCUCAAGGGCGACCUCAGCAUGAAAACCGAGAGGCACUUCAUGAUCGUACUGGGCGCGAACCGGGCAGAAGACAGCGCGCCGGUCGUAGCCCAGGCCGUAGAUCAGGAUGUCAUAGAGCUAUACCGCGCCACGGAGGGCAGAGUAGGCACGGACGAGAUGAUGGUAUGCUCGAUCUUGUCCACGCGAAACGACAACCAGAUCCGAGCCAUCAACUACAGCUACGAACAGAAGUUUAAGCGAAGGCUCGAAGAUGUCAUUAAGAAGGAAUUCAGCGGGCACAUGGAGGACGCACUGCUAUUCCAGCUGCGGAAUGCGGUCGACAAGUACAUGCACGCAGCCAAGCUGCUGGAAGACUCGAUGGCGGGUAUGGGUACCAAGGAUCAUCUCCUGGUCUCGAGAGUAGUCCGUUACCACUGGGACAGGCAGACGUUGGCAAAUGUCAAGGGUGCGUACCACAAGCGCUACGGGAGAAGCCUCUCCGGCCGCAUCAAGGGCGAAACAAGCGGCGAUUACGAGAGGCUUAUGCUCGCAUGCCUUGGGGAGGCCUAAAGCGUGAGUGAUUCAAGCGAACAUAGGUACUCGAAGUCUAGUUUCAAUUGGCGGUUGUACAGUUGUUAGGCAAGUAUAAUACCCAGGGACGGAAACAGGAGGUCGGCCCGGGCGGGUCUAGGAGAAUAAAAGAUGAUGCAUGUGUUCUUGGUGUCUCGAAUCGGCAAGCAUCCUGUGUUGCUGGUAACGACAGCAGGGUUACCGGACACGCACAUUUCGUAGCACCGCUCGGACGUCGGGAGCGGGAGCGGGUAACGCGUAGAUACCUAGGUACCUACCUACGUAUGGCCGAUACCCUCGACUUGCCUUCCGAGGCAAUACUUCUCAAGCUUUUCGGUGUCAAUCCGCUCGCCCCCCUUGAUACCUAAAUGUGAGCAUCGAUGCCCUCAGUCGCCGGACACACAAUGCGCAAUGCGCGUCGACGAUGGUGCAAUCGCCGUGUCACCUCCGCAACUUAACCUUAUGGGUUCUUUUUGCUAGCGGCUGGCAGCCGAUGCCAGCUGGCACUCGUCCGGCGGCUGGAGGUGACCUGAUCAUGUGCCCGAAACGGUUGCGCCCAUGUCCGAGCCGGAAUCGAGUCCUGGAGCUCUC